CCUUGUUGUUAAGGCGGGAAGAGAAUCUUAUACCCGCUAUCGCCCAAAUCCAUAUUCCAUCCAACAAAGGCGUUGUUCCGUUUCCAGAAACCCCAAUUUCCCCACAAACCCUAAUUCACUUCUCUAGAGUUUGACGGCCCCCAUGGAUCGAUCAGCUGAGGGAGAGGGAGAGGGACCGGUGACAGUGGUGGUCGCGGAUUCGGGAGAGGACAGGCAGCCGAUCCGGAGGAUGGUUCGGCGGAGACUGGUGCAGUCUACGCUGUUCCCUAAAAAGUCCCCCGAAGGCGUUAAAUCUGGCGGGGAAAGUAAGAAACUAGAGGAUGAAGAGUGUAACGGCGACCUGAAGGGUGUGGAAGGUAGAGACGAAGGGGACAACUGCAGAAGCAGUCAAGGAAACAAGAGGAGAGUAGCGCGCAAGGCAAAGGCGUCGAGUUCUCAUAGUAGAACUCCUAAGAAGUCAAAGGGGAGGUCAUCAGCUGUUUCGACACCAAAAAAGGAGACAAUCAAUGGUAUUGAUCUGACGGAGGAUAUUGAUGUAACUCCUCCAUCUAUGCCAAACGUUCGAUUGGAGGCUAAAAUGGCCGAUGAGGAGUACUCCCAGAAGUAUUCUGGGAAGCAAUUGCACCCAUUUUUCUCAUUAUGGAAAGGGAGUAAGAGACAUCAUGUGGUGGGCGAUGUCCUGAGAGGAUCUGACCAAGCUCUAGCGCCACCUAUUCAUGUAUUUGAGAGGGAUGAGGAUGCUGCUGCUUCUCUAGAUUGGACGAACUGGGAACUUCAUGAGAAAUCCUUUGUAGAUAGUGCAUGUACUGUAGAAGAUUUCUACACAUUACGUUUUGAAGCCUCAACGGACAAUUUACUGUUCAGUAGGUUUCCUUUUGUACCUCAUAUGGAUGAUCUCUCUUGUUGGUCAGUUGCUGAUAAUAAUGUUUCUCUAGAUCAACAUCUUCCUCAGGGAGAAGUUUUAAAUGAAGAGUUGCCAAUCGUAUCCACUGUUCCAUCAUAUAUGAACGACACCUGCUGCCAACUCAUAACUGACAUGGAAACAGACUACAAGCCUGAUGAAUCUGCUUUUGGUGCACAAGUAACUGGUGAAAGUGUUGAGGAACCAAGUGUUUUGCAGCACGAGAGGUUUCGAUUUCUCUUCUCCACUUCCAACCUUUGCCUUAUGCUAUUCCUCUGAGUGACACCACAUUGUCUUGAUGGUGAAAGCCAGGUUGAUAAUAGAUUAUGGACUGACAAAUACCAGCCAAAGAUGGUCAGAGAGGUUUUUAGUAACAUUGAAGCGGUGAAUUUUGUGAAUGAGUGGCUUCACAGCUGGCAUCAAAAGGGCGAUGGUGCCAGCAAAUUUUGUGCUUCUGAGAUUGAUUUAGAUGAGCAAGAUACUGACUACUUGUGCUCCCAAAGUGACUCAGAGGACAUAGAAGAAAUGGGUAGCCGUAAGCCAGUUCUAUUGAUAACUGGACCAGCAGGGAGUGGGAAAUCAGCGGCAAUUUAUGCUUGUGCUAAGGAACAGGGUUACAAAAUCUUGGAGGUCAGUACAUCAGAAUGUCGAAAUGGUGUUGUUGUGAAGCAUAGGUUUGGUGAGGCAUUGGAGUCACAAUUCUUUAAAAGGUCAUUAGAGAGUCCUGUGAAGCCACCACGACACUUCAUGAAAUCCUCCUUUACCCAUCCAGAUAAUGAACUGAUGCAAGAGCACGAGAACAAGGUCUUUGACUUGGAAUCUAAAGCAGGCGAGCAGAACAUUUAUGAACUCACUGAAACCUGUGGGAAGUCUGACAAUACAACUAAAACAUUGAUUCUCUUUGAGGAUGUCGAAGUUGUCUUCCCCGAAGAUGCUGGUUUCGUUUCUGCUAUCCAACACAUUGCUCACAAUGCGAAAGGCCCUGUUAUAUUGACCAGUAACAGUGACAAUCCUGCCCUUCCUGAAAAAUUGGAUAGGCUUUAUGUGAAUUUUAAGAUGCCUACAGGCAAGGAUCUCCUUCAGCAUGUCUAUAAGGUUUGUUCUUCAGAAACAGCUGAUCCCAGACGUGAUGUCAUUGAGCAAAUAGUUGAAUGUUGUCAUGGAGAUAUUAGGAAGGCAAUAAUGCAUGCCCAGUUUUGGUGCCAGGGUAAACGAUCCAGGGAAACAGGUAAAUUGACAAGCAGUUCCACUUUGUGGUGUUUCAUUGUUGAACCUAACAUCUUGAGUUCAGGCACUCCAAAAUUAUUGGGACCAUUGAUCUUUUCUCCUGACGCUGCUCAUCAAUUACUGCCAAAGAUGAUUCCCUGGGAUUGUCCUUCUCAGUUUUCGGAGUUGAUUGAGAAAGAGAUCACAAAGUCGCUAUUACAGUCAGAAGAGAAGGAUCUUGCUGUGAGGGUCAUAGAAGUAAAAUCGAAAGCAAUGCAUGGCGAUUUGGUGGCAUGUGGAUUUACAAAGGACAGUACAGAGGCCAAGAAGAAAGCAAUGUUAGAUAGGAAUUGCCUUGAAUAUGAUUGCAGUAACUUCACUGGUCUCGGUGCAAUACAUGAUGCUUUCGUUACCUCAACUAGCCCAGUUUCAUUUUCCAGGCGAAAUGGUAGAAGAAAGCUUGAUCAUGUAGUAUCUUCAGAUUCCGAAGAUGAUACUGGAAAUAUUUUAAUUCUAGGCGAAAUUCCCAGUGAUGACAUGAGUAGGAAAAACUAUUCUAGCAGACAAGCUGAUGUUCAAUCGAGUUUUACAGCAGAGGAAGUGAAGGAACACUGUUACCAGAAUUCAGAAAAUGCAGUAGAUUUACACUCAAAUCAGAUCUGCCGAUCAAUUGAUAUCUCAUGUGUACCAGAGUCGUCAUUUGUUCCAGAGACCAACAUUGAUGAUGACACAAGAUUGUCAGUUGAUCAAGUGACUUCUACUUUGGAAGAAGUGUCAGUUACCAAUGGGUUUGAUCUCAAUCUAUCGCCAGUGGAAGAAUGUCUGGAUGACUGCAUAUCUGAACCUUGUAGAAUCUCUGAAAUUUUGGGAACCACUUGCAAUCAACUCGUGCCUACCUCAUCAUUUCAAGAGACUGAAGAUUCACAAACUGAUUUUAUGGGAGUCGUUGCCGAGGAUUACCAAUUGAUGGACGAGUGUAGCCGAAUUGAUUUCAAUAAGAAAUGCUCGGCAGCAGCAGCAGAACUUGGAAGCUUGGAUGAGGCUGACAUGGUUCGAGAGACCUGGAGAAAACUUCGUCACCCUCAUUCAGAACUAAGAAAUUUGGUUGCAUCGGAAGAUAAAAAUGCACCAGGCAUCGUCAGGAUUGCUUGUGGAAUGAGCAAUCUUGUUUCAGAAGCCGAGAUAUUGCUGUCAAAUUGCUAUUUGCCUGGUUCAUCGGAGCUCUAUAUUGCUCUUUCUGAGGCAUCAGAUCCAUUCAGGUGGCAUGUUGAGCAGCGAGAGAUGACGUCUAACAUUGUGCAGCAUGGUUUUGACUGCUAUGUUGAUGACAUUAACGGUUUGAGGUUAAAAAUGGGUCAAGACAAAAUAAAUUUGACUUCGGAAAUGUUGUCUAUCGGCAGCAUGGUGGAAGCUGAUUCCUCCAUGAUGGGAGAAGUUCCAAGCGCGAGAAUGGCAUCACAUAGUGAGCCCGAUAUAACGGAUAGACUAUCUGAAGGAGGAUUGGCAAAGAGUGGGGAGAACCACUCUCUUAUGUUCGACAUAGUUCGUUCCAUUGUCCCCUCAAAAUCACAUUCUACAAUCAAAGGUGAAUCAUUUCAGGAUUAUCUUUCCACACUGAGCCACAUAUCAAGAUCAGAAGCUUCUCGUUUAUCGGAACAAGGCAAUUGUUUAACAAGAAGACGGAAGACGCGGGCAUCUCAACAUUACUUGACUGGCGGCUCAUUAUCCCUAUCUCCUGAUCAGAUCUCGUUGUUGGAUAAGUGCAACGCCUACAGACAUGCUACUGGAGAGAACCGCACUGAUACUAGAUAAUUUCUUUUUUACAUAGCCUAAUUGUCAAAGUAAUUAUAACAUUUUACCCUUUUUCUAAUUAAGAUAUUGAUCUGCUGUGGGUAUAACCCGUAUGGUUUUGUUUUUAGGUGUAUCAUGACGACCUUUUUAAAGGUUACUCAUCUAUAAGCAACUCCAUCAUGAUUGCAUUUAAUUUUAGAGUUCUCAGCAGUAUUAAUCUUUUCACCUCAAAACAAGGGGGUCGGAUACUGUGCUAACCCUUACAGGGGUUUGUUUUUUGACACCC